AUUCAUUGAUGUUACUUGGGGUGCUGGUGGUACUUCUGCUGAUUUGACCAUGAAUAUUGUGACUACAGCACAGUCUGUGUAUGGUUUAGAGACCAUGAUGCAUUUGACUUGUACCAACAUGCCUGCUGAGCAGAUAGAUAAAGCCUUAGAGGCUGCUAAAGCAUGUGGUUGUCAAAACAUUUUAGCUUUACGAGGUGAUCCUCCUAAAGGUCAGCUGAACUGGGAGUCCUGCGAAAAUGGCUUUAGUCAUGCGAUUGAUUUAGUACGAUAUAUUCGACAGAAAUACGGUGAUUAUUUCUGUAUUGCUGUAGCAGGUCAUCCUGAGGGACACAUUGACAAUGACGACGAAGAAGACGAUUUGAGAAGACUUAAAGAAAAAGUAGACGCGGGUGCUGAUUUGAUUGUUACGCAACUCUUUUUUGAUGUGGAUGUCUUUGUUCAGUUUGUGAAACGUUGUCGUGACAUUGGCAUCACUUGUCCUAUCUUACCAGGCAUUUUCCCCAUUCAAAGCUAUGGUGGUCUUAGUCGAGUGAUUUCGUUUAAUAACAACCAUGUACCUCAAAAGAUUUGGGAUGAUUUAGCCUUGAUCAAGGAAGACGAUCAAGCUGUCAAGGAUUAUGGUAUUGAUUUGGCUGUUCAGUUUAUACACCGAAUUCGAAAAGAAACCGACAUUCAUGGAUUCCAUAUUUAUACCUUCAACCUUGAAAGAUCUUCACGUAUUAUCUUGGAAAAGCUUGGUUUAGUACCUGAACAAGAACAAGUGAAGCCUUUACCUUGGAACCCAUCACUUGGUCCAAAGCGUACAAAAGAAACAGUGCGUCCUAUCUUUUGGAAGAACCGUGCACACAGCUAUGUUCGUCGUACGGAAUCCUGGGAUGAAUUUCCUAAUGGUCGUUGGGGUGAUGCACGUUCACCUGCUUAUGGUGAAUUUGAUCGAUGGGGUGUAUCUAUCAAAUACCCUGUAGAAAAGCAAUUGGCCAUGUGGGGAGAACCUCAAUCACCUGAUGAUAUUGCACUUUUGUUUGCAAGGUAUUGUAAGGGUAAACUGGAAGCUUUGCCUUGGAGUGCUCAGAAAUUGGAUCCAGAGACAGAUACAAUCAAACAACGCUUGGCUGCUAUUAAUUUGCUGGGAUACUUGACCAUCAACUCUCAACCUGCUGUGAAUGGUGCCAAGAGCAGUGACUCUAUUUAUGGUUGGGGUCCAAAGCACGGUUAUGUCUACCAAAAAGCAUAUAUCGAGUUCUUUAUCCCUCCUCGUCAAUUGGAAGACCUGAUAAAGAAGAUUGAAAAAGAUCCAGAAGUGACUUAUUUUGCUGUCAAUAAGAAGGGAGAUUUGAAGACAAACACAGUCAACGAUGAACCCAAUGCUGUCACUUGGGGUGUCUUUCCCGGUAAAGAAAUUGUUCAACCUACUAUCGUUGAACCUCUUGCUUUUAUGGCUUGGAAGGAUGAAGCAUUUGGCUUGUGGAAUGAAUGGGCUCGUAUCUAUGAUCGUCAAAGCUUAGCUGCUGAAGUGAUCCUAGAUAUUUAUGAAAACUGGUAUUUGGUCAACAUUGUUCAUAACGAUUUCCAGGAUGAAAAUGGUAUUUGGCGUCUAUUUGAUCUGGAAAUCGAUGGUGAUCUAUCCAGGAAACUAAGACGUGCUUCUGGCUCUCUUUAAAUAUUUAUGCAUUUCUCAAGGCAUAUUGUAUAUAUUUUCUUUCUUUAUAACGUUGAUUAUACUUAUCAUCAUUUUAUGUUAUUUGGACCACAAAAUAAAUGUCCUUCACUUUCUCUUAUAGCGUC